AUGGGUAAUGGGGUCAUUGCCGGAAAGGACUGUAGCCAUACCUCACUAGUAAGAGAGACCGAUCAUGUAGCAAGUGAAGCUCUAAAGAAGGCGAUUGCUUAUAUUAGAAGGAUCCUAAGCACCGUUGAAGAUGGAAGAAUAAGUAUCUCACCUUAUGACACAGCAUGGGUUUCUCUUAUUGAAAAUAUUGAUGGAAGUGGCACUCCUCAAUUUCCAUCCUCCCUUGAGUGGAUUGCACAAAAUCAACUCUCUGAUGGUUCUUGGGGUGAUGCACUAUUUUCUGUGUGUGAUCGACUAUUGAAUACUCUAGCUUGUGUAAUUGCAUUGAGAUCAUGGAAUAAUCAUCCAGACAAGAGUGAAAAGGGAACGAGAUUUUUCAAGGAGAACUUAUCCAAACUGGGAAAGGAAGAUUUAGAUAGCAUGACUUGUGGAUUUGAAGUUGUAUUUCCUCCUCUUGUUGAAAGAGCUCGUAGUUUGGGCAUUGAGAUUCCCCAUGAUGCUCCAUUUCUAAGAGAGAUCUUUCGUUUGAGAUCUUUAAAAUUUGCAAGGAUUCCAAAGGACCUAAUGCAUGAAAUACCAACUCCAAUACUUUACAAUUUGGAAGGAUUAGAAGACCUAAAUUGGGAAAAGCUGUUGAAGCUACAAACAGAAGAAGGAUCAUUCUUGACUUCUCCAUCUUCAACUGCCUUUGCACUUAUGCAGACCAAAGAUAACAACUGUUUGAAGUAUCUCAACGUUAUUAUCACAAAAUUCAAUGGUGGAGCACCUACCGUCUAUCCGAUUGAUGUGUUCUCACGACUUUGGGCCGUUGAUCGCUUGCAACGCCUUGGAAUUUCUCGUUUCUUCAAGCUGGAGAUUAAGGACUGUCUGGACUAUGUAUACAGAUAUUGGACUGAAAAUGGAGUAUUUAGUGGAAGAAAUGCAAGAGUUUAUGAUUUGGAUGACACCUCUAUGGGUUUCAGGCUUCUAAGGUUAUUGGGCUACAAUGUCAACCCUGAUGUUUUUAAGCACUUCAGGAAACAAGGCAAGUUCGUUUGCCUUGGCGGUGAGCUUAAUGAAUCUCCAACGACGAUCCUAAAUCUCUAUAAGGCUUCUCAAGUUCAAUUUCCUAGUGAGAAUAUACUUGACGAAGCCAAAAGAUUCUCCUACAACUUUUUGAAGGAAAGGGUAGCAAAUAACAAAUUUGUAGAUAAGUGGGUUAUUUCCAAGGACAUUCCUGGCGAGAUAACUUAUGGAAUUGGAAUACCAUGGUAUGCUAACUUACCUCGGGUUGAAGCCAGGUUCUAUGUAGAGCAUUAUAGUGGUGCUGAUGAUGUUUGGGUUGGCAAAACAUUAUACAGGGUGGCCGAAAUUAGCAACAAUAUUUAUCUGGAGCUUGCCAAACUAGAUUACAACGAGUGUCAGGCUCAGCAUCAACUUGAGUGGAUCAACAUGCAGCAGUGGUGGGCAGAAAGCAACCUUCCCGAAUUCGGGAUCAGUAUAGAGAACCUUUUGGAUGCCUAUUUUCUAGCUGCUGCAAGCUUAUAUGAGCCAGAAAGGUCAAUAGAGAGACUGGCAUGGGCUAAAUCUACGGUAAUUGCUCAGUCUCUGACAAUAUAUUUUGAUGAAGUCGCUACAUCAACAGAACAGAGGAAUCGAUUCAUUGCAGCUUUCAAAGGCAAUUCUUUUAGCUCUCUUGACAAGAUAGACAGGAUGGGAGAGAGACUACUUCGAAACAUUCAAAAGUUCAUUCACCAUCUCUCAGUUCAGACAUUUCAAGGGCUGGAGAGGGAUCUAACUCAGCAAUUGAAUGAUGCGUGGGAGGCGUGGUUGACAACAGCAUUGAAUAUGAAAAUGGGUGAAUACCCAAAUGAGGCAACAUUGAUAGUGCAGAUUCUGAACCUGUCCACUGGAAGGAUAAUGUGUUCAAAGGAGAUGCUGUACAAUGACGACUACAAGCAUUUGUCACACCUCACGGAUAAAGUUUGUAAUCAGCUUCGCCAACAUCAGAAAAAUCAAAAGGAAAUUCAUAUGGUGUUCCCAGAGAUGAAUGGCGGUUCACACGGUUGUAUCAGAUCCACAGAGAUUGAAGCUGACAUGCAAGAAAUUGUUCGAUUGGUGCUUCAAAGCCCCCCUGAGAACGUAUGCCAAAUGGUCAAGCAAACAUUUCUGACAGUUGCAAAAGCAUUCUACUACAUGGCCCAUUGUUCCAAGGAAACUAGGAGCAGCCACAUAUCUAAAGUGCUAUUUGAACGACUUUUGUAA